CAGAUCGUCGUCACUCUGUCAAGGAGAACCAUACUAAUAAUACAAGUGUUUGAAUGUACCUCUUUCACAUCAAACAGUUUCAAUAAUGGAGACUAGCAGUAAGAUUAAGUUUAGCAUAACAAAAGUGACGUUAGUGUUAUGGUGCUUGGUGGUUUUGUGCUCGAGCUCAGUACUGGCGGCUGCUCGGUGCAAACCGCAGCGUUAUACCCAUAAGGCAAUGCAGACUGACCUAAACGGCAGGCGAUGUUGGGAUGAAGUCAAAAUUAAUGCUUGCUGGGGCUAUUGUAUGUCUUACGAGAUUUCAGAUUGGCAGUUCCCCUAUAAGGAGUCGCACCACCCUGUAUGUGUCCAUAGCGAGAGGAAGCAUGCGUCUGUCAAAUUGAGAAACUGUGACCCUGGAGUACAGAAAGGCACCGAUGUGUACCAUUACGUGGAAGCUGCCAGCUGCAAGUGUCAGGGCUGUUCUUCCGAAGAUACGAGUUGUGAAUGGCUGCCACCAGAUUCUACAUUGCUUGGAGGACUUAUCCUCAAAGAAGAACUAGAAGAAGAAUUGGAAUAAUUAGCAAAAGCAUGAAUACAUUUUAGAUUGGCUUUUAUUUUAUGUAAUUGAUUGAAUACCUGAUUACCCGUGUCAUUGCAAGUUACACUCUAAGAAAAUAAAUAAAAGCGUUAAAUUGGUAUUUGUGAA